CCACAUUCAUUCCAAUUAAGAACAGAGGAAAAGAGAGUCACAAAAAGAGUUCCAAUCUUUCACACACACAAAGAAGAGAGAAAUCAUAGGCAUGGGUAACAGUCUAAGGUGUUGCUUGGCUUGUGUUCUUCCCUGUGGAGCCCUAGACUUGAUCCGCGUCGUCCAUUUGAACGGCUACGUAGAAGAGAUUACAGGUCCAGUCACGGCCGGUGAGAUCCUCAAGGCCAACCCAAAUCACAUCCUUAGCAAACCAUGCUCUCAAGGUGUUGCACGUAAAAUUUUGAUACUCUCGCCAGAUUCUGAGCUCAAGAGAGGAAGCAUAUACUUCUUGAUCCCAGCGACUUCGCUACCGGAGAAGAAAAAGGGCGCUAAUAAGUCCUCCAAGAAGAGCAAAAAGUGUGACACCGAUGUCUCAGACUCUGAUCGUUACCUAGCAAAUAUCGUCUCCGAAAAGAAAUCCUCACGUAGGGAUCGUAGGGCUGGCCGGGUUGGAGUAUGGCGACCUCAUCUCCAGAGCAUAUCCGAAGACUAACACUAUUUUUUUUUCCGGUGCCGGAAUCUGACAUGUCCGGCCCGGUAUGACCAAAGUGGUUCAAUCAUGCAAUGGGGCCGAUUUUUUAAUGUACGUGGGGUUAUUGGUUUUGUGGAUAAGUUUCACUUUCUUUGCCUUUUUGUUUUUUCGGUCUGCGUAUAAUAUUGAUGGCAGAUCGAGAUUCCACUAUAUUCAUGAGGUCAUGAUCUGUUUGGUUCUCAAGAAAAAUUAUGACAGAGAGAGAGAGAAAUAGUUGUACGAAUAUAUUGAAAUUGUAACGCCUUGAUCAAGUUGUAAGUAAAUAUGUUUCUUUUUUCUCUUUCUAAAAUUAUUUUCUUGAGCUUUAGAAGAAAAUAACUGGGCUAUUAAUUGCCCGGCCACAGUUGAUUUUC